CGGCGGCGGCGGCCGGGCAGCUGCAGCCGCGGCAGGAGCCGGGUCGGGAGCCCGAGCCCGAGCCCGCCUCUAUGAUGAAGUUCAAGCCCAACCAGACGCGGACGUACGACCGCGAGGGCUUCAAGAAGCGGGCGGCGUGUCUGUGCUUCCGGAGCGAGCAGGAGGACGAGGUACUGCUGGUGAGCAGCAGUCGGUACCCAGACCAAUGGAUUGUCCCAGGAGGAGGCAUGGAGCCUGAAGAGGAGCCUGGUGGUGCUGCUGUGAGAGAGGUGUAUGAAGAGGCCGGCGUGAAAGGAAAGCUGGGCCGACUCCUGGGCAUAUUUGAGCAGAACCAAGACCGAAAGCACAGAACAUAUGUUUAUGUUCUUACCGUCACUGAAAUUUUAGAAGAUUGGGAAGAUUCUGUUAAUAUAGGAAGAAAAAGAGAAUGGUUCAAAGUCGAAGAUGCCAUCAAAGUUCUCCAGUGUCAUAAGCCUGUACACGCUGAAUAUCUGGAAAAGCUAAAGCUGAGUUGUUCUCCAACCAAUGGGAAUGCCAGUGUACCGUCCCUGGCCGAGAGCAACACGCUGUUUGUCGCUGCUGCACAGACCCCCGGGUUGCCCUCCAGUAUCAGAUAAGGCAGAUGGGGGCCCUCUCCCGCCUGGGCCACCUCACUGGGAAAAGGCUUCUUUAUUUUCCCUAGCAAACAUCUGAAUGACGCUUGCAAACUGUCUGAAUUUGUCAUGCAGGGUUUUCAAACAACUUGCAUGUUCUUCAGAUACUUUCAGAUAUUUUUUUUUUAAAUAGUGUAAAAUAUUUUAAAUAAGCCAAAGCCAUGUGGACUUUUUAGAUAACUUACCUGUGUGCCCCAUCCCACCCCCUCAGGUUAUUGUAGCUGUCUUUCACAUAUACACAGCAUUUUUUUUGUUUGGGGUUUUUUGUUUUGUUUUUUUGUCCAUUUGACAUCAGUCUGGUUUUUUUUGUUGUUGUUGUUAGAUCAACUUAUCUGGGCUUCUUUUCCCCCUUGAAUUGUUUUCUUAUUCACAGCAUUAAAUAUACUUGAUAAAUUCUGUUGUGGGAAUUAAUGAAAAUCCUUAUAUUAAAGAAACCCAUCAAUCCAUCUAAAAA